GUCGAUCUUCAGCCGCGACCUGGGGUCCUCCUCGCAGCGCCAGUCGGCCAUCUACGAGGACGCGCCCACCUCCGAAGGAGCAUCCCAGCGCUCUCCGGGCGGGGGCCACGAGGAGGGCGAGCCGGUGGUCGUGUCGGUGAGUUUGCCCGUUGGUCUCGACGAGUUCUCUCAGGCCCCGCGGCAGCCGAUGGGCGAGAUCCAGGUGGGGCAGACGGCGGCGCUGGGCACGCCCAAGCAGCCCGAGGACGGCCUGGACCGUGGCCGCGCAGCCGCCGCCGCCGCAGCCAGGCACGCCUGCCCCCGCGCGCGGGAGCCGAGCAAUUCUUGCCCAUGGUCUUGCACCACGGCGCGUGCGUCAGUUAUCGAGGGCGUGCGGUUCCGCAGCAAGCUCUACCAUAGCGGCUUGCUUGUUGGAGCGAUGAUCGAGAAAAGUCGUGUGCCUGAUUCAGGGAGACAGCGGAGGGCAGGAGAAGAGGUAGCAGGCUAUUGCUCGUUGCGCACGCCUUCGAUCUGAUUCGGGAAGCAUUGCUCCAAACUCCAGUUGCGUCGUUUUCAGAGCACGCGUCAACCAGCAUGUGUCAUGGCGCCAACAUCGCAGACACGUCUGCAAGGCCGGUGCAAUCACAUGCGGCAUCUUAUAUCGAGG